AUGUGUUGCUUUGUGUUUGGCUGCUACUUUCCAAAUCAUUUGCCUGUGGAGCUCAUGCAUGUUGAUACUUUCUUUAGUGAUGGGCAGAAAGGAAUUCGUAUCAGUACAGUGACAGAUUACCCCAUUAAGACUCUCCUUUUUGAACACACCUGCAAUAUUAAGAUUAUGGUGGAGCUUAUUUCUGAGAUAUGUUCUCAUUUACAGGAAAAGAACAUUCCCCAUAAUCUUCUAAUAUCUGAUCAUGGCAAAAAGAUCUUUUUGUUCUUUCAGAAACAGACAACCUCAUCCAACCUUUCAGCUUGGGAAUGUGGCGGAUAUUUCUUGUUCAGGUCAAAGUAUGAAUUCGAUCAAGUAACUGAGGAGGCUAUGCUUAUACAUCUGAGCGCUGUCUCACUUGAUGAUUCAGGCUUUGAGGCAGUGAAGCAGCUCAGUGGAAACAUUGCAAGUAAGCUUGCCAUUUGAUCUCGAGUCCGUCUC